UUCCACUUGCCAGCUCCAUUGACAAGGAGAGCCCUACCUCGGUGGUCACUAUUUAUCUCCGCCUCAGCCUCUACCAGAGAGCUACCUAGACCCUCUCGAGAGUCUUGACCCCUUCCGUCGUCCUGUGGGCAACCAACCUGCCACAUAAGCUACAUAUAGCCAGCUAGCUUCCCAAACACCGUCGCCGACAGAAGCUUGUAUACAUCCAGAUAUCAACACAUCCUCACAAACCACGCCGCCGCCGUCGACAUGCGGGAUCCCUUCCCGUUCCCCCCGAUUCCGGCUCUGGCCAAGGCCAGCCAGCCAUGGGCCGACCGUCUGUCCUUCCCGACACUGCCACUCCAUGUCCACGAAGUUAUUGGCGCCGCCGCCUUCUACACCUUUGUCCACGUCGUCGUCUCGCCCGUGGUGUCCAACCUCUUCUUCUCCAAGUACUACCCCAAACACUCGCGCUCCAAGAAGGCCAACUGGGACACCCACGUCGUCUCGCUCGUCCAGAGCACCCUCAUCAACGCCCUGGCACUAUGGGUCAUGUACGCCGACAAGGAGCGCGCCGCCAUGGACUGGGAGCAGCGCAUCUGGGGAUACACCGGCGCCUCGGGCAUGAUCCAGGCUCUGGCUUGCGGCUACUUCGUCUGGGACUUGGGCAUCACCUUGCUGAACUUUGAUAUCUUUGGGUUUGGCCUGCUCGCCCACGCCGUCAGCGCUCUUGUGGUUUACUCCUUUGGAUUCAGACCCUUCCUCAACUACUACUCGACGACCUUCAUCCUCUACGAGCUCUCGACCCCCUUCCUCAACAUCCACUGGUUCUUCGACAAGCUCAACAUGACCGGCUCCCGCGCACAGCUGUACAACGGCGUCGCCCUUCUCGUCACCUUCUUCUGCUGCCGCCUGAUCUGGGGCACCUGGCAAUCCGCCGUCGUCUACAAGGACAUGUGGCAAGCCGUGCACCGCGCGCCUUCGCCGGAGUACAUCCAGUCAUACUACAACACCACCAGCUCCAUCGUCGAUGCUGAGAACGUGAUGCUCUUCGCCGCCAAGCCCGAGCCCGUCCCCGUCUGGCUUGCUUUGCUUUAUGUGGCGAGCAACUUGACGCUCAACUCGCUUAACUGGUAUUGGUUCUUCAAGAUGGUUACGGCGGUGAGGAAGAGGUUUGUGCCUAAGGAGGAGGGGAGUAAGAAGGAGAAGUUGGAUACUGCUGCCACUACUUCGGAGGAGAAGGAGGGCAAGGCCAACACCACCGCCACGGAACAACCCAAGCGCCCCGUCACCGUCAACAAGCACCGUCGCCAGAACUCGAUCGAGGACCUCAUCCCCGAUAACGAAGAGCUCCGCGAGGGGACGAUCCAGUAGGACUAGCGCGCCUUUCUCGGAUUCCGUUCUUCUCCUACGCGCCCACCAUCCUCACCACCUGUGGACGGGGACGCGGUUACCCACCACAGCAGCGCCAGCGGGAAUGACGACGACGAUCCGUCCCUGCCGGCGCUGAGGCGUGUCAUCGAGGUCAUGAGCGCAGGUAAUAAUGGUCAUAGAAACCUGCUGGAGUUGUUGCCGGCGCCGCGUCCGGAGAGCGGGAGCGGAGAA